AAAAAUGUAGUAACAUAAGGGUAUUUUCGUAAAUACAUACACAUAGCCAUAGCCUACAUAUUAAAUUUAAGGAGCCAAAAAAAAAAAAAAUCAAUGGCUUUCAACUUCGACUGCUUCUCCUAAAAAUAUAUAUUUACAGAGAAAGUCACUCUCAAUCUCAUCUCAUUCUUCCAUUGAUCAUAUCAUGAAAAGUCAUCUCUACCCCUCCACCAUCUACGCCUGAGCUGUCCAAACCUCACUUCACCUCAAAAUCUCCGGUCGAAGCUCUUAAAGUUUCCACCUUUGAAAAAAAUAAGAAGCCUCUUUCUUCUUACGCAUUUCUCUCCAAAAAUGGCGGAAACUUCUCCUUCACUUCUUCAAACCGACGAAACAUUCCGUCAAAACGACGCCGGAGCAGCCUUCGUUCUUCAAUCCAAAGGGGAGUGGUGGCACGCCGGGUUUCAUCUUACGACGGCGAUUGUUGGACCAACGAUUCUGACUUUGCCGUACGCUUUCAGAGGGUUAGGUUGGGGACUUGGGUUUCUUUGCUUGACGGUUAUGGGGAUGGUCACUUUCUACGCUUAUUACCUUAUGUCUAAGGUUCUUGAUCACUGUGAGAAAGCUGGUCGCCGCCAUAUCCGAUUCCGUGAACUCGCCGCCGACGUUCUAGGUUCAGGUUGGAUGUUGUACUUUGUAAUAUUUAUUCAAACAGCUAUAAAUACUGGGGUUGGAAUAGGAGCAAUUUUACUUGCAGGGCAAUGCAUUCAGAUAAUGUAUGAUGAGCUUUCCCCCAAUGGAUCACUGAAAUUGUACCACUUCAUAGCAAUGGUGACUGUGGUUAUGAUAUUCCUGUCUCAACUUCCUACCUUCCAUUCACUCAGACACAUCAACUUGGGUUCACUACUUCUCAGCUUAGGGUACUCAUUUCUUGUGGUUGGUGCUUGUAUUAAUGCAGGUACUUCAGGAACUGCCCCACCAAAGGACUAUUCCUUAGAAUCAUCCAAGUCAGCAAGAGUUUUCAGUGCCUUCAGUUCCAUCUCCAUACUAGCAGCCAUUUUCGGGAACGGAAUAUUGCCUGAAAUACAAGCUACUCUGGCUCCACCUGCUACUGGAAAGAUGGUGAAAGGACUUGUCAUGUGUUACACUGUGAUUUUCAUUACUUUCUACUCGGUUGCAGUGUCUGGUUAUUGGGUUUUCGGAAAUAAAUCCAACUCGAACAUUUUCGAGAGCUUAAUGCCAGAUGAAGGACCUGCUUUGGCUCCAACUUGGGUUCUUGGACUCUCUGUUGUCUUUGUUCUCCUUCAGCUUCUUGCCAUUGGCUUGGUUUACUCACAAGUUGCUUAUGAGAUCAUGGAAAAGAAAUCAGCUGACACCAAGCAAGGGAUUUUCGCGAAAAGAAACUUAAUUCCUCGAUUAGUUCUUCGAACAAUUUAUAUGAUACUUUGCGGGUUUUUUGCAGCCAUGCUUCCAUUUUUCGGUGACAUUAGUAGUGUAGUUGGAGCUGUCGGGUUCAUCCCUUUGGAUUUCGUCCUCCCGAUGCUCCUCUACAACAAAACCUACAAGCCUCCGAGAUCAUCCCUCACUUAUUUGAUCAACAUUUCCAUCAUCGUCGUCUUCACUUGCACGGGAUUAAUGGGCACGUUUUCUUCUACUCGAAAACUUGUUAUGGAUGCCAAGAAGUUCAAGCUCUUUAGUAGUGAAGUAGUUAACUAGGCUUUGUAUGUUCACCCUGUAACUUAAGGCUCUCAAAAGUGGCCUUUGUAUCUGAAAAAAAAACAAAUGGAAAUUCCACAUUUUAUGGUUUUUAUACAAUGUGUGUAGAAGGUUAAAAAAAUAUGGGAAAGGGUAACUGGUUACCUAUUGUUUCAAAAAAGUUAUUUUAUAGAAACCUUGAUAUUAAUUUUAA